UGGCGGGAAGGGAAAGUUUUCUGGAUUCUUGGGGGGGGGGGGGGGGGAGGUGGAGGAAGAAGAGGGGGGAGAUGGAAGAAAGAAGAGGAGGGGAAUCCAGCGAGAUUGAUCGCGUCAGUGUGUGUUGAUCAGAAAUUUCAUCAAAGAUUUCAAGGAGUUUUAGAGAGGACGGAAGGGGGGGGGAAGGAUGGAGGGAAGAAGAGGGAAAAUGGAAGUAAGAGAAGGUGAGAUCGAAGGAGGUAGAAAUGUUCAUCACCGCUUUAAGGAGUUUCAAGAGAGGACGGAAGGGGAGGGACAGGAUGGAGGAUCGAAGGAGGUAGAAAUGUUCAUCACAGCUUUAAGGAGAUUCAAUAGAGGACGGAAGAGGACAGGAUGGAGGGAAGAAGAGGGAAUAUGGAAGUAAAGAGUAGGUGAGAUCGAUUGAGACGAGCCCUCAGAAGAAGGUAGAACGAACUUGCUUUGUUCUUUUGUUUAGCUAUUACCGGGUAGGUCAGAGCACGGUGGGAGGGAACGAUAGAGGGUCAAAUGGGGAGGAGAGUGUAUCAGGAAACUCUCUUAAGGACUGGUCGUGUUACGGGGAACGAAGUAUAUCUAUGAUCAUCCUUUAUCUCGGAACGAAGUAGUAACUCUCGGUAGUGGGCGUGACCGAGAUUCCUCGGUGUCAGUUGUUGGGAUCAAUUGGGGAGCGGUAUCUGCCAUGUUAUUCGUCGGUGAAGUUCCAGGCGUCGGCACUGGUAUCAGGGUCGGUCCCAUACUGGAAAUCAG